GCAGUUUUAAAAUGGCUGGCCUGUUUAGCGGUUGGUGAAAGUUCUGGUCGUGUAGUCACUGGUUUGGAAUUGAUUAAACCGGAUCAUUUCGUAUAGUGUGUCAGUGGUUGUGAGUGCGCCUGUGAAACUGAUACGAUUCACGAAUACAUAUUUUGAUAUGCUGGUGUAAUUGAAUCGUAAAGUAGUGUAAAUUUCCGGUUACUUGUAGAAUGACAUUCAGAGGACCGUGGCUAUCCCACAAAAUUAAAUUGCCAACGCCAACAUUCGGUCACUUAUGUCAAGAUUUCGGGCAUUAGUCUUAAACGCGUGUAUUUACUGCACUUUGCAUGAAGUAUUUGCUCAUAACAAUUGGCCUACCUUUUAAAUCCUAUAAUAUAUAUUAGAACAUAUUUUUAUGUCACAGUAUACCGUGAAAUUCGGGUGAAAUUUUUUCAUAGAGUAGAUUGAUAAUCAUUCUAUGACCUAUUCUGAUUGAGAUUUUAUAUAACGCAGGUUACACAGCCGACAAGUGAAUAAUGUUUACUUCAGAAACUUGGUCUGUCUUUAAAACAUUUAGGCCCUCCUCAUCUUUAAAUAUCAUGUUGAAAAUAUAUCAGUCUGUGACAUAAUUUCAUUUUGUGAACAGAAGACCUGGAAUAAACAUGUUUGGAAAAGAGAGUGGUCUAGGAAGUGAUAGUGGAUACUGUGAAAAUCAGUGCAGUGAUAACAUUGGUAAACAGCAUCGAAUAUGCAGUGGAGAUUUAAUAACACCGGUUUCACCUCCAAUACCACAACCUAUGAUGGAUGGUCCCUCGCCAGUAGCAAAACAUUCUCUCAUGACAGGUUCUUCUUGCCAGGCUUUACGUCAUGCUGUUGCUGCCCUUAACAGACUCGAUGAUUUUACAUGUGAAAAAAUUGGUUCAGGGUUCUUCUCUGAAGUGUUCAAAGUAACUCAUCGAACAACUGGCCAAGUGAUGGUUCUGAAAAUGAACUUACUCCGAUCCAACCGUCCGAACAUGCUGAAGGAAGUACAACUCAUGAACCAACUCUCGCAUCCCAACAUACUAGGGUUUAUGGGAGUCUGUGUUCAUGAAGGACAGCUGCAUGCUUUGACAGAGUACAUCAAUGGCGGCAGUUUAGAGCAGCUCAUCCAGAACCGGACCCUGGACUUGCCACAUGCGACAAGGAUGAAGCUGGCUCUGGACAUUGCAAAGGGAAUGGAGUAUCUUCAUUCCAGAGGAGUCUUCCAUAGGGACCUCACGUCAAAGAAUGUUCUAAUCAAGAAGAAUGAAGAGAAUGGUGAGAUGAUGGCUGUGGUAGGAGACUUUGGCCUUGCGGCCAAGAUUCCUGAUCCACUGUGUGGAUACAGGCUACCCACAGUGGGAUCCCCAUAUUGGAUGUCACCAGAGUGCCUCAAGGGUCAGUGGUACGACGAGAAAUCGGACGUGUUCUCAUAUGGGAUUGUUCUCUGCGAGCUAAUAGCCAGAGUGGAGGCUGAUCCAGACAUUUUACCAAGAACCGAGAACUUCGGCCUAGAUUAUCUUGCCUUCAGUGAGAUGUGUGGUCCCUGCCCACCAGACUUCCUGAAGUUGGCAUUUUCCUGUUGCACUUUCCAACCCAAGAGUCGUCCGUCGUUCGCAGAAAUUGUGACUAGUUUGGAUCAGAUAAUAUGUGACUAUCAGAAGAAUAAGCAGCAGGAUGCAAGUGGCAGUGACAAACGGUUGAUGUCGUGUGUCAGCUUGGGAUCAGAUGAGAAGACUGUCAAGAUGGCGUCGUGUUUGGGAGCUCACAGUGAAGAAGUAAUACCGACUAGUGCUGCCGAAGCAGAGGCCUUACUGGAGAACAGGGACAAAUCCGAGCUCAAGAAAUCAAAUCAUCGACGAUCUCUCUCCGAAGAUGUUGGGUGUGUGGUGUUUUCUCCUCAUACAGCACCAAGUGAUAAGGCACGCUGUCAUUUUGUGCUUCCAAGACAACAGUCAACAGACACACUGCUUCUAACCCCCAAACAUGUUGGAGAGAGCAUGGUGAAACAAGACCCGCAUUAUAAACCGAUGUCAGCAGGAGACAAGUCUUCAAGAACAAAUCCAUUUGCAACCUUGUCGCAGUUCAGGGGUGUGAAGAAGAUAUUGGGAGGUCUUAAUAAAGGAGUAAGUCCAAAUACUUACACAUCUGGUGCUGGUGGAGACCUGUUCUCAUCUUGUUUUGAAUUGCCAUCUCCAUUCUAUGGACCAACGCCCCCCAGCACACCGACCGGGGACCCAUCGGUCAGUAUGUCAGCAAAGAGUGAUUCCUCAUCCCUGGAUGAGAAAAGGCCUUUGUCACCUCUGAGUUCAGAUGUGAACACAACAGUACUGAGUUCUUGCAAACUCGCUCAGCAGCCCUUGUCCUUGCCAGCAUCUCCGACUCUGAUGCGUAGAAGAAUUCUAACAAAUUCCAGCCUAGUACCACCACCUCCAUUGUUAACACAAAGUCUGUCUCCUCAACAGCCGUCCUCUUGUGAAGAUAAUCAAGGUAGUGAGAAAAUACCAAAGAAAUCAGUAUUCAAUUGUUCAGAGGACUCUGCUUGCAGAAGAUCCUCUGGUUCAUUUACAUCGAAGAAAUGUAAAGCCGUGGCAGCUAGUUCAUUAUUUACACAUCCUUUAUUCAGAAACAGUGAGUGUAAUUCAAAGACUGAACAAAUUCAAAAGGGAAUAGGUACAUCUUCCACUUUACUUCAGCUACCUCAAGUCCAGUUGCAGCAUCCUUUGCUCCUAAACCAGAGAGUCUGUUCUUCAAGUCUCAACCUUGCAGACCCCAGUCUGUUGCUGUCUGAAGACCAUGGAGGCAGUUUGGGAUUUCCGUCAUCUGUUUUAAAACGUCGUGGCUCCUGUGAAUCUGGCUUCUUCAGCAGUGUCGGUGAAGAUUUCGGUUGUACGGCCGGCGACUUAUUAUCGCCAUCUGAGUUUCCAGGAAUACACGCAUCCACACGCAGCCACCAUACUGCUUCAACUGCAACACUCUCUUCGUCUUCGGCGGCUUCGUCCUUAUUCUUACUUGAUGACUCGGCUGUAUCGACAACAACUGUGAGUUCGUUGAGAUCUGGCAGCGGUGAACUAGGAGACCUGGAUGAUUUGGCAACUGCUGGAGCGACUAGUGGUGUUCUGGCUCGCAGUGCUCCACAUCAUUCACUCUUAUUUGCUGCUAAACGUUCGUCGUCAAUAUAUACAGACAGUUCAGAAGAUAUUUCAAGUUUGGGUGGGGGAGAUCUGUCUUACUGGGAAGACAGAAGUUUCAGUGGUAUAGGAGGCCAACCUCAGCAGAUUAGCAAGAUCGUUGAAUAUUUUGAAAGGAAGCAGAGCUGUAAUUAUGGUGGCAGUAACCCAGGAUUAGGGGAUGGUGAAAGCACGCCUUCUUCAGUUUGGGACUUGCAGGAAUCACAAGUCCCUUCAAAACACCAAAGAGACAUGCUCUUUCAUCAGGCUGCUGCCUUUGGUAAUAGGAAUUCACCGAUGGAUUUUGCUCGAAGAAUGGAAGGUGCAAGUCUGAAUGAUGCGAUGCGAUCAUCAAAAAUUGCUCUGCUUAGAAAGUCGUUGGAAAAAGUGACAGGGACGAACUUAUCAUCAGGAAGUCCACAACAGUCUCAAUUAAUGGGGCCGACACACACGCAAGCCAACGCGGCAAAGGGAGAGAAAUGUGUGAAGAGGAAUGCUACCGCUACGCAGAGGUUGAUGAUAUGUGAAGGUGCGGUGCGUUCAAAACUCCCACUCUUUGACAAGAAGUAAGUUUCCACAAUAUACAAAGAUAUUUGUGGCUGGAGGAUAUUGGUCCAUUGUGUAAGGUCGCGUGGUCCUGCCAAUAAUCAUGCUGAAGUAAUAAAUAUAAAUGUAAAUAUAUAUAUUAUAUGUAUAUAUAUGUCUGGUUAUUAAUAAAUUGGUGCCAGUAAUAUUUUUUUUUUUGUUUAUAAACAGUAUUAUGCUGUACUUGUUAUAACUGAUUAUAUUUGGCAAGCUCAUGAACGGAUAGAUUUGAAUCGUUAGAAUGAGAACGCGUUGAGAACUGAAAGGAAAAUGGUUUGCAGAAAGCUUUUUGCAAGAAGACAAUUCUAGGCUGACUGCGUUAUUGCAGACAUAUUGAGAGUUAUAUUGAAAAAUCCUGUUGGGGAAAAAUCAAGUCCAGUAGAUCAUUUUGGAAAUUAAACAGAGCACAUACAUACACAAAAUAUUUCAUUUUAUUUAUCAAUGCAAUGUACAAGUAUUUGUAUGGAAGGAGUGUGCCGGAUGCCACGAAGAGUGGCGAGUGGCGAGUGCUUCCAAAGAGGUGGAGGAAUAUUGUCACUGUUAACGAAUUAAAUGUCUGACGUAUUGUUUUUA